AUGGGCGAGGACGGCAUAAAACUGCUUCAGCAGAGGCUGGCCGAACGAACCCGCGAACAUAAAGCAACGCGAGAAGCAGCCCUAGAGAGCAAAUUUCGUAAGCUGCCUGCUCCAAUGUCAUCCAAGAACGACAAACUGGUGCACAACUUGUCGUCAAAGGAGCUGACGGAGGAACAAAUGCAGGUUUUACGGCAUCAGGCCUCAUUCAACACAGCCGAUGCCAAACCUGCCAACAUGAUCGCAGCAGUGGAAUCAAUCCUCAGCCAGACGGGAGCGACAGACGAAACGAAGAAUCUCAUUCGACACCAAGUGUCCUCCCUCCUCAUGGCUCAUAGGCCGCGCGAUGUGCUUUCCAAGGUCGAGCGCGAUGCACUUAAGGAACUCAGGGCCGACAACGACCUCGUUAUCGUGCCUGCGGACAAGGGGCGUUCAACGGUCGUAUUGGACAGGACAGACUACAAUCAAAAAGCCAAAAGGUUGUUGGAGGAUCGUCAGUCCUAUGUGCCAUGCGAAUCCAACCCCAUGAAAACGCUGACACGCGAGAUUAACGCGACGCUUUUGGCAAUGGAGAACUCAGGUGCAAUAUCGCCAAUCGACCGACGCAUGGCGAGAGCACAAGAAACGGCCCUAGCCCGAUUCUACGGUCUCCCAAAAGUGCACAAAGAGGGCGCUCCUCUCCGGCCUAUCGUGUCACUAAAGGGCACUCCAACCUACGGACUGGCAAAGUGGCUGUUCCAACGUCUCAAGUUUCUGACCUCCGAUUCGAACACCACAGUCAGCUCGUCAACGCAAUUCUUGGAGAAACUUAAAGGAGUAAGUCUCCUGCCAAGCAAUAUCAUGGUUUCCUUUGAUGUCACGUCCCUUUUUACUUCUAUCCCGCAGGACCUGACAGUCGAGACAAUCGAACUACUCCUACGAGAGAAGUACGACGAAACGGAGAAUCGCCUCGGACACGCCCAAAUCAUCCAGCUCCUGAAGUUCUGUCUCAAGACGUACUUUACAUUCGACGGAACAAUCUACGAGCAGGUGAAGGGAACGCCAAUGGGUUCGCCGAUUUCGGGACUCAUAGCCGAGGCGGUCCUUCAACGGCUGGAGUCGCUGGUUUUCCGACACCACAGACCGAAAUUCUGGGCUCGGUAUGUGGAUGACACCUUCGUCGUCAUCGAACGGGAUCAGGUGCUGACUUUCAAAGAACAACUCAACGCCGUCUUCCCGGACAUUCAAUUUACGAUGGAGGAGGAGGAAAACAAUCAGCUGGCCUUCCUGGAUGUCCUCGUCUGCCGCAAAGAUUGUGGUGGCCUAAAAACCAAAGUGUUCAGGAAAGCGACAAAUACGACGCAAAUACUGAACUUCAAUAGCAACCACCCGAUCAGUCACAAACGCAGUUGCGUAAGGGUGCUAUACCGGCGUGUUGAGACGCACUGCAGUGAAAUGGAAGACAAGGUUGCUGAAUUACAAUAUCUUCGACGGGUAAUGAGAGCCAAUGGUUACCCGCGCAACUUUGUCAACCAGUGCAUACGAAAAGGACACCAGAGACCAAAUCCAACUAGCCCCAAAUUUUGGCGGGCUCUUCCGUACGUGAAGAACGUCUCGGAAGCCGUCAGUCGUCUUCUCACUCCACUUGGAGUUGGGGUUGCACACAGGCCGGAAGCAACCAUUAGGCGCCAAGUAAUGAGGCCAAAAGACCCGCUGCCACGGCAGGAAACGUCUGGAGUCGUUUACCGGAUCUGGUGUAGUUGCGGACAAAGCAAUUAUGUCGGAGAAACUGGGAGAUUACUCCGUACGCGACUUGCCGAGCACGCAGCAGCAGUGAGGCGGGGAGACGCUAACUCUCAGGUGGCGGCACACUCGACGGGACCCGGCCAUAAUUUCAAAUUUCAAGAGGCCGAAAUCCUCGCAAGGGGUGACAACCGCGUGAGCCGCGAGCUGCUCGAGUCAUGGUUCUCAGGCCCGCAAUCCAUCAACAAACACAAUGACCUCCCGGUGGCCUAUUCCGUAUUGCGAUUUUCCCUGGGCAGGAGAAUCAGACACGUGGGGAGGGCGCGGGUGAGCAAUUAUCACGGUGACAGUGAGCCAGUUUGCGGAGCAAUCGUCACACCAGCAUCGAGCACGGAUGACGAAAUCGCGGCAAUUAACAACUCGGACUCGGACCGCCAAGCCACCGCCGCAUCAAUUACGACCCCAGCGGCGAUUGUGAGAACUGUUAAUUGCAGUGCGCAUACGGUCCCACGACAGCCACGUGCUAUAAAUACUGCACUCCUGGUGCCACCUUCACCUCUAUCUGCGAAUGUUUCUGAUGAUGGGUUCGAGUGUGAAUCCGAAACGUCAGGCAAGUAA